UUGAGCGUUGCGGACGUGUGCUGAUCUGAACGCGGGUGUCAAUCGGAUAUUAGAGAGGAAAUACAAAGACAAAAAGAAGAAAUUCAAUAAAAUCACAAGCAAAUCCAUAUCCAAAAGCGAUUGGAUAACUGGCGCAGAAAAAUGAAAAAUUAAAGAAAUUUCCUUUAGUAAACAAAUAAAUUGCAGUACUUAAAAUAUAAAUAAAUUAAUCAUCAAAAGCAAACAAUUGUGUAAGUAAGCGUCUGUAAGUGAAAACUUUGCUGGCAGAUUUAAUUGUGUAGCAUUCUUUUCACGCUGUUCGCCAACUGCCUGUGCGCGCUGCGCCCAACUGUGCGUAUGACUGACGGACUGGCCGAUUGUGGAGCGUACGCCACAUGUUGUUGUAAAAUUCUGUGAUGUUUGUUUCUUUGCUGUUUUUUUGCUACAAACCAGUUUCUGCAACCCUGAAUAUGUGUUGCAAAUAGUGCGCCAAUUUUUUUAUUUAUUUUUUUUUUUUCGAGUGCUGAGAGUGUGUGGUUUAUUUGUCCACCGCCGGCAUUUUGUGUAAACUUAACACAAUGUGUGGUAAUUUUGAGCACUGGAAAUUGUUGUGACUUGUGGCUAGACGUUGAUUAUAGUUGGUAUAAACGAAAAUUACAAAUUGCAUUAAUAAAUCCUUUCCAAUAAAGAAACUGCUGUAGAAAUUAAGACGUCAUGACCAAAAAAUAGUCUUUUGAAAAAUUGGAGAGAAGGAAAAAAGAUUGAAAGCGCCAACAGCUGACAAGUUAUGGAAAAACAGAAAAAUUCUUAAUUGCCAAUUGAUGGUAUAACAACAACAAUUAAAAAACUUGCAAAAAAAUUCCAACCUUACAGGUGUGCAAUAUCAUCGUCAUUUCUAAAAAUACAACCAAACUAAUACAAACAUUCAAAAUAAUUGUACUCACACAUAAAUACAAACUAUUUGCAUAUAUGGUAUGUGGAAUCUUAGUAAAUUUCAAAGAUGAGCAUAAUUUUAUCAAAAACAUGAAUUGUGGAAAAAUUUCAUGGAAAGUAAAAGUGAAAAAAAUUUAAAAAAAAAAUGUUUAAAUUUUCUAAAAAUCUUAUCCAAUAAAUAACAGCAUGUGUCCAAGAUAUAAGUAAAAAAUAUGUGUAAUAAAUGUAGUGAAAUUGUUAAGUUAAUAAAGGUGUAAACUGCAGAAAAAAACCUUCAACUUUUAGCAAAAAAUGUGAGAGGACGGUAUAGAAAAUUCAGCGUAAAAACUUAACUGUCUGAAAAAUCGACUGAAUAAGUUCAGCUGUGUGCUACAUUUGCAUUUUAGAUUGAAAAACCGCAGUUAUUUAAAAAUUAUAACAUAGCAAAUAAUUAUAAAGAUCAACCAUAGCAACAUAUAAAUAAAUUUAUGGAAAAAAGUGACCAAAUGCAAAUUAAUUGAAGUUAAUGAUACAUUAGGACGUGAAACUAAAUAUAUUUCAAUUAAAAACUUAGAAAAAAAAUCCUAAAAAAAUAAUAAAAAGAAUAGGUAUUGUAAAAAAGUAGCAAACAUAUUAUGCGUGGAAAUUUAUUUAGUUAAUUUUAAACAAAACAAAAAAAUUAACAUAUUUAUCACUCAAAAAUAGUCAUAAAAAAAAUAGAUGAAAAAAUUUAUUGAAUAGUUCUAUGAAAAAUCUACAUGUUUUCAAAAACAUUCAAAAACAAUAAAAUAUAAUAACUAAAAAUAAACAGGAUAUCCACAAAUUCAAAUUCAAAUUUUAUCUCACACACAUAUUCAAAGUGUAUAAAUGUAAAGCAUACUAUAGAUUUGAAGCGCAACAAUUAGUACACCCUUAACCCAACAUUAAAAAUAAGCAAAUAGAUAGUGUACUGUUAGUAAAUAUCGACAAGGAAAUACCAAAUACUCAAGCAAGAUGUCUGAAACGCAAGACAACAACGGCGAUCAGCCGCUGCAGGAUGAGGCUGGCGGUAGUGAGAAUAAGAUGAAAUCACGCCUACGUAAAGGCGCGCUAAAGAAGAAAAAUAUUUUCGCCGUUAAAGAUCAUUGCUUUAUACCGCGUUUCUUCAAGCAGCCAACAUUCUGUUCGCACUGUAAGGAUUUUAUAUGUGGUUAUCAAGUGGGCUAUCGAUGGAUGGGCUUUGGCAAACAAGGAUUUCAAUGUCAAGUUUGCUCGUAUGUGGUGCACAAGCGCUGUCACGAAUAUGUGACGUUCAUAUGCCCGGGCAAGGAUAAAGGAAUCGAUUCCGAUUCACCACAAACAGUGCAUCAUUUCGAACCAUUCACAUUUGGUGGGCCCACAUUUUGCGACCAUUGCGGUUCGCUACUCUAUGGCAUCUAUCAUCAGGGUCUCAAAUGCUCAGCAUGUGACAUGAAUGUGCAUGCUCGCUGUAAGGAGAAUGUUCCGAGCUUGUGCGGUUGCGAUCACACCGAACGUCGGGGACGCAUCAAUUUGGAAUUGAAUGUGAAGGAGAAUUUGCUGACGGUGCAAAUCAAAGAAGGCCGUAAUCUCAUUCCAAUGGACCCAAAUGGUCUCAGUGAUCCCUAUGUUAAGGUUAAACUAAUUCCAGAUGAACAUGAAAAGUCCAAGAAGAAGACGCGUACCAUCAAAGCUUGUCUGAAUCCUGUGUGGAAUGAGACCAUCAAAUAUGAUCUCAAGCCAGAAGACAAAGAUCGGCGUGUACUUAUCGAGGUCUGGGAUUGGGACCGUACUUCGCGCAAUGAUUUUAUGGGCGCUUUAUCGUUUGGUAUAUCCGAAAUUAUUAAGAACCCCGCGGAUGGCUGGUUCAAAUUGCUCACACAAGAGGAGGGUGAAUACUAUAAUGUGCCAUGCGCCGAUGCCACACAGGAUCUACUAAAACUCAAAAGUCAAAUGCGGAAAUCAUCUCAAAAGAAACCACUGGUGAUGCGCAGCGAUACAAAUGCACAGACACAAUCUAAAAAGGAUAUGAUACGUGCUACCGAUUUCAAUUUCAUAAAAGUGCUGGGAAAAGGUUCAUUCGGCAAGGUCAUGCUGGCCGAACGCAAGGGCACCGAAGAUCUUUUUGCCAUUAAAAUACUCAAAAAGGAUGUCAUCAUACAGGACGAUGAUGUCGAGUGUACAAUGAUUGAGAAACGCGUUUUGGCUUUGGGCGAAAAGCCGCCGUUCCUUGUGCAGCUGCACUCAUGCUUCCAAACACUAGAUCGCCUCUUCUUUGUCAUGGAGUACGUCAAUGGUGGCGAUUUGAUGUUUCAAAUACAACAAUUCGGCAAAUUCAAGGAACCGGUGGCUGUCUUUUACGCAGCCGAAAUAGCCGCCGGCCUCUUCUUUCUACACAGUAAAGGCAUUUUGUAUCGAGAUUUAAAAUUGGACAAUGUUCUCUUGGAUGCCGAUGGUCAUGUUAAAAUUGCCGACUUUGGCAUGUGUAAGGAGAAUAUUAUUGGUGAGAAGACAACAAAGACAUUUUGCGGCACACCCGACUACAUAGCACCCGAGAUCAUUCUAUAUCAACCCUACGGCAAAUCGGUAGAUUGGUGGGCAUAUGGCGUUUUACUCUACGAAAUGCUCGUCGGCCAGCCACCGUUCGAUGGUGAGGAUGAAGAAGAGUUGUUUGCUGCCAUUACCGAUCACAAUGUCUCCUAUCCGAAAAGUUUGAGCAAAGAGGCCAAAGAGGCGUGCAAAGGGUUCCUCACCAAGCAACCAAGCAAACGCCUCGGUUGUGGGCCAACCGGCGAGGCGGAUGUGCGUAUACAUCCGUUCUUCCGACGCAUCGAUUGGGAGAAAAUUGAGAAUCGUGAAGUGCAGCCGCCAUUUAAGCCGAAAAUUAAACAUCGCAAAGAUGUCUCGAAUUUCGAUAAGCAAUUCACUUCGGAGAAAACGGAUCUGACACCAACGGAUAAAGUAUUUAUGAUGAAUUUGGAUCAAACGGAAUUUGUGGGCUUUUCCUACGUGAAUCCGGACUAUGCGGUGCCCGUUUAAAGACACUGAAACUCCGCAUACAUACACACACCCAAAAGUACUGGGGUAGAUUGUUUAGGAAUUGAAAGGAAAAAACCACAGAAAGAAAGGACGAAAGCUAGAGAUGGAGAUAGAUAUAAAGUUUAUGCGAGGAUAUUACAUUGUUUUAACGGAAACAAGCAAGUGAAGCAGGAAAUCAAGCGUUAGCCAGCUGCAAUAUCGUUUGGUGUGUAAGUGCGAAUAUUGUUACGGUGCGUUUUUUUUUUUUUUGAACACCUUGUACUCGCGUGUGAACAACGUGCCAUUAUAAGAAUUUUAAGUAGAAUUUCCAAAACGAAGGUGAGAAGAAGAAGAAAACACACCCGCUCGAACUCGAGCAACAUGCAUAUCUGCAGGCGUGUAGCAAGCAUGAAUAUAAAACAGUUUAGAUAGAGGCGCAGUGGCAAAUACAUUUUAUUUUUUAUUUUAAAUUUUUGAUUGAAAAAGACAAGGAGGUUUUUAUGUGUAAAAUAAUAUUAUUUUUUAAAGAAACGUUUAAUAAUAUUUAUCUAUUUAUAUUAUUAUUAUUUUUUUUUUUUGUGACCAUUAAGCAAUAUUGUCUAUUAAAGCAAAUGUAUUAUAAAUAAGUCAUGUUGUUAUUAUUUGUUCACCUUUGAACGUAUUACUUAAGUUAAAUAAAGUAUUUUUUGAAUAAGCAUAGUUGUAAACUAAAUUUUUAAAAUUUCAAUUUGCUUUUAAAUAAAAUUAUGUAUAUAUGCUUAGUCGUAAUGAAGCUUAAGAAACUUGAAUAUAUUUGUUUUAUUAACAGUUAGGUUAUAAAAUUAAUUAUUUAAAAAAUUUAAAUUAUGCAAAAAUAUUAUUAAAUAAAAAAUAUUAAAUUCUUAAACACAUUGUUUUCUUGAAUUUCUUUUAAUAUGUAAAAUCAGCUAUACUUUAUUAAAAAAUUUGGCAAUUUUCUGUCAUUUAAUUUGUAAAAUUAGUUAAAUAUUAUUAAAUUAAAUUAAACAAAACUCAAAAAAUGUUAUUUUUUAAUUUUUGAUUUUUAAUUCGUAAGAAAAUACAAUUUUUAUACCAAACAUAUUUUGAUUUAUUAAUUUAGUAUAAUAAUAUUUAAAAAAGUCGUAUUUAUGAGAACAGGCAAUAAAAAAAUAUUUAUUUAGCAAUAUUUAUAUUCAAAAUCUAAAAAAGAAAGAACAAAACAGUACUUUAUAGAUUAAUAGUUUUUAUUUUUUGGGUUUUUUGUCUUUUUUUUUUUGAAAUUUUAAAUGAAAUGAAAAAAUAAUAAAAACAUUGUUGUAUUUAUUACACCAGCCAUUUCUUUUUAAAUAUAAUUUACACACUCUUCAUUUAGUAUAUAUACAUUUUAUUUUAUUUGAAAAAAAAACAUGAAAUGAAAAAUCUUUUGAAGUCAAUUUGAAAUUAAUUUUAAGUUUUUUCUCAAGAAAAAAUAACCAAAACCCUCCAAAACCAAACCAUUGCCAAAUUCGUUUAUGAGAUCCAAGUAAUCCCCUAAAAAUAUAUUUUAUUGCCUUUUAUGUACAUAUAUGCAAAAUUUUAUUACCACAAUAAUUUUUUUGUGUUUAGAAAAUAAUAUGCAAAAGAUCUUCAUGAAAAACAAGGAGACACUGCAAACAUUAUGUACUAAUAACAAAUUAUGAAAUAUGAUAAUAAAACACUAUAAAAAAUGAAAUUUUAUAUAAUAACAAGCAUAUAUAACUCCUACCUAUAAAACCUACAACAAUUGAAAAUCGAGUUAUCGAAAACCCUACCAUAAAAACAGUAAUAAUCUAAUGUUGUCGUUUUCUCUUAAAAAUUAACAAUUUUUAUACGAUAAAAACUUAAGUCAACUUCAUUUAUCGAUUUAUCGAUAUGCAUUCUUCUUAUAAAGCAACAAAAACAAUGAAUCAUGAAAGCAAUACACAUUAAGCAACAACAUUGCUCAAUUUACAUAUCUUGAAAUGCAUAACUUGUGUUACCUUCCAUUAAUAGCGCUAUAAGAAUUAGGCAAUAAUCGAGAUCGAUACAUUUUUAAAUAUUUUUAUCUUGUUCAUUACAGACUGUUGAUGACGAUUAACAUUUUUAUUAUCAUUGCUUAAUUAAAAUAUUUAAAUUUAUGUCGAAACGCUUUAUAAUGCGCCGAUCUUAAAAUCGAUAUCGAGUAACUAAAUAUUUUUCAUUUAAAUAUGGCAUGACAAUAUGACAUUUUUGUUAGAUUUUUUCCUGCUUUGAAUGCAAUGAAAAUCUGCCCCAAUUUUAGAAGAAAAAACAAAUAAAUGUUUUUUUCGAUAAUUUGAGUAUAACCAUAUAAUUUAUUGUUUAUUAUUACUUCUAGCUUUAGGCCUUCCGACUGAUAAUAUUAAUUUUUCUUAUAUCGCAUUCAACAGUUCCGAUUGUAUUUCCGACAGAAUAAAAAACUUUAUAUUUUUUCUUAAAAAGCGAUAGCUAAAUUUGUUGAAGUUAAAAUAAAAAUCCUUCCGAAAGGUACGAUCAAUCGUUAUCAACUUUUAUUACAACUGCAUGUAUCGCAAAAAUGUAUGUUAUCGAUAAUGUUAACGUUCUUUUUAAGUAAAUAAUUUCGCAUUCAAAGCUUAAAAAAUAUAUGUAUUUAAGAGUCAUCGGUAAAAGUUACGUUUUUCAAAACGAUCAAUUAUAAGCUUUAGUUAACAAUCGUUCUGAAGGAAAUUAUCGAUUUUUAUCAACUUUAAUCACAACCGUAUGUAUCGAGAAAAUAUUUUUAUCGAUAAUUUGAAGUUUUUUUAACUAAACUAUUGUUUUUAGCUUUAAGUCUUCCGAUAUCCACCUGUCGAGUUGCCUUCUGCCCCUUUCCUAGUCUAGUGCAUUUCAAAUAUUUCAACUAUAUUGUGAUCAUCUUUGAAGCACAAAAAAUUUGUAUUUAUGCAAAUGAAGUGAAGAAAUAACGAUUGAAAACAUAUAUAUAUACUAAACUUUAAUUAAAAAUUAUUACUAUAAAUUAAUGCUUAAAACAAGCUGAGGUUAUAAAACAUUUAUUGUUCUUUCAGUAGCGUGUGAAACAUAAAAUUGUUUUCUCGAUGUUCUAAGAGUAAAAUGCCAGCUAGAAAUUUCAGGUGGUAAAAAUAUUUGUUUUCCUAAAAAAAAGCCAAAAAUUAUAAAUAUAUAAAUCUGAAAACAAUAUGAAAAUUCUAAGUAAGUAUUUUACGAAUGUAGUGCAUGAAAACGUUUGACGAUUGCAAUGUUCGCCCCAGCAUUGAACAAUCGGCACAAAUGUUUGCUAUCGAUUACCGAUUAAUGGUUAAGAAAUGAAUACGUAGAGAUCAGAGUUGUCAAAAA